CCAGUUUGUCUUUCUCUGCAUUUUGCCCUUUAACUGUAUGCAGGCUGGUGCCUGUCUGCCUCUCCAUCAUGACAGAAUCAGUUGCCUCUGCAUGCCGCGUCCAGUGUGAGGUGUUGAUAGUUCACCUGACUGAGGCUGAGGAGUGGGCAAAAUACCUGCAGAAUGUUCUGAAAUCCUCCCGGAGGUUCCCCAAGAAGUCCAUCGUCCUGCACGUACUGGAUCCCAGCUCGGCCCUGCUGUGGCAGGAGUCUGCAGCUUUUACUGGCAGCAAGUGCAUUGUGCUUAUGCUGUCCAUGGGGUUCCUGCACUUGCAGGAUGACUCUGAGGUGUGGAAGACUUUCCAGAGGGCCUUCCAUCCUCCUAAUAAAAUGGUACUGCUCUUCUGUGGAGUAUCAGACUGUGACAUACCAGAGGAGUUCUUCGAAAGUUGGCACAUGUGGAGAAAACUCUAUGCCGAUGACGACCCAGCCAUGUACAUCUCCACAGUUCAAGACGUCAUCUCUGAAUAUGAACGUUUUUCCUGUACUCCAUGUGAAGCUGGGGGCAAUGAGGGUGAUGUUGGCGCCCUCACAGAGAAAGGCCUUGAUGUCACCCCAGAGGUGCCGACAGGGGAGCCCCUUCCUCCGGAAUUACCCUCGGAAACAGAGCUACAGCAACAGGAUUGCGCAGUCGUGCAGCAGGAUUGCGCAAUCGUGCAGCAGGACUGCACAGUUGUGCAGCAGGAUUGCACAGUUGUGGAAGAAAACCCAGCCGUUUCUGCUGGCUCCAUUCAUGAGACGGGCCUUACCAUUCAACCCAGCAGGAUACAGUGUGGGUCACAGGUGACCAUUUAUAUCAUACUGAAAUGUAAGCUGGACAACAAGGGGAAAGCUGAAGUGGAGUUUUCCUGUAAGGACUGCGCCCCGAAACGAGAAGCAGGGACUUUUGAGAAUGACUACACCAUCAGUGUGAAGUCACCGGAUAUGCCAUCAGGCUCCGUGUUAGCGUCUGUGUAUUUAAAUGACUCCGUGAUCUGCUCAAUGCCUGUAACGUACUAUACUGGAAUGGCUGAAGUCAGUCGCUACCUCGAAAAUAUAGCCAAUCCCUUGGAAUUCAUGUGUCAGGCUUUUAAUAUCACAUCCAAGAGUACAGAGGCUCUGGACAGUCUACUGACCAACUCACUCAAAAGCAGAAUACCUGCAAGUGGUCUUCACCUCUUUGGAGUAAGCCAGGUUGAAGAAGAAAACAUGUCAAGCUAUCAACGAAAUGAAGAGCUGCCAACGUUGCUUCACUUUGCUGCUAAGUACGGGUUAAAGAAGCUGGCGACGGUCCUCCUGCAGUGUCCUGGUGCCCUGCAGGCCUACAGUGUGGUGAAUAAGUAUGGAGACUACCCAAACAAUGUUGCAGAGAAGAACGGCUUUUCAGACCUCAGACAGUUCAUGGAUGAGUAUGUCGAGACUGCAGACAUGCUGAAAUCUCACAUAAAGGAGAGCAUCACACAGGAGGGGGAUGAGGAUGUGUAUGAGAGCAUGUCCACAGCAUCGCGGGACAUCCUGCUGAAGUACUCCAUGAACCCAGGCUGUAAGGAGGACAUCUACGAGUCCAUGAUGGAGCUGGACCCCGAGUGCAUAGAGGACCUCUAUGAAGACAUGGAGAAAGCUCAGCAGCAGUCCCUUAACCCUGAGGAAGCCAUGCUGCGCAAGUUUUUCCUAGGGAAAACAGACAGGUGCUCGGACCCAGAGGAAGAGGAGGAGGAGAGGAGAGAAGAGGAGAACGUGGAGAACUGGGAGGAAGAGGAAGACCCAUACAACCUGUGUAAUCCUGAUGAAAUCUAUGACACGGUGGACGAACAUGCCAGCUAUGUCCCAGAAAUCAUAAAUCGCCCCCCAGCGCCGAUUCCCAGACCCUCCAUCACUGCCGAGCCAGAGGAGCAGAAGACAUACAUUUCCAGAGUGUUUUCUAAUAAUCAACCAUUGGGGAAAGAGACAACACCGAUGUCAGGAGGACCAGCACCUCCAACACUUGUCAGAAACAGGCUCUCGACAUCCACUUAUGACCCGUACGCGGGGAUGAGGACGCCAGGGCAGAGGCAGCUCAUCUCACUCCAGGAGAGGGUGAAAGUGGGCGCCAUUAACGUGGACGAGGCGGUCCAGGAGUUCAAGGCAUGGCAACUGGAUCAGGAGAGGAGGUCCCAGUCCUUACGCUUCCAGCAGGAGAAUCUGAAGAGGCUAAGAGAUAGUAUUACUAGGCGACACAAAGAACAAGGGAAAACAGAGCUAGAGAUCACAGCCCCCCUACAACACAGACCCUCUCGGGGGGAGCUGAGCCUGGAGUGUGCUGUGUAUGAGCCCACACCCCGCCAGGUGACCCAGCCAACCCUCUCAGCCCCACCCAGUCGCACCAUUCAGAGAGGCAGCUGGCAGACAGGGAGCACCUCCAGCACAUCCAGUAGUGGGAGUAACAGGCUGAGCACUCUAAGCUACAGCAGCGGAGCGGAGUGCGACUUUGAGGAGACCGUUGAUUUAAACCCCCCUCCUCGUCCACCACGGCAUGUGGAGCCACCUCCCCGCGUUCCGCCACGCCUACCUGAACGGAUUCCAGAGAACCCAAUGCGGGACCGUUACACACCCUGCCCAUCCCGCGCCCUGCCCCAGAGACCUCCCCAGAGGGCGUUGUCUCCCCCACCUAUCCCCAGGCGAACCCGUUAACGCAAGGGGCAUUCACAUUGUUCUACAGUCAACUCACAAGUACCUUUCUUUAAUCCCACAGACACCAAAUGCUCUCCAAGAGUAUGUUUAGACCUUUUCUCACAUCUAACUGACCCUGGCACACUGACAGUUUAACUUAGGGCCAGUUAUGUGAGAGUGAAUCAUUUACUUUUACGGAGAGCAGUGUAGGACUGUUAACAUAGCACUGUACUCAGAACCAGAGGGUUGUGUGUUUAGAUCUCAAGCGAGAUGCUGCUGCUGCUCAGCACCACAGCACUUCACCUAAAGAGCAGCAGUAAAUAAUCAUCAGUGUUCAUGGACACUGCAUGCAAGUGAUAUAGAUGUAUGUGAAUUUAUGUAGAUGAGGGUGUCUCCAAGACAGGGCUGGGUAUUGCUUCAUGAUCAGUUACAAUUAGAUGCAUAUCACGAUGCACAUAAUGAAACAGCAUUUCAUUCAUUCAUAAAAUCAUAAGCCAACAUUAAUGCAGUCAUCUGCUGCAGAAAUAUCAACUGCCCUCUG